GGAUGCGUCGUUCGUACGUUCUUUAACGAAAACUCUUCUCUUCCCGGUGGUCGAUGUUCAGGUACACGAGAGACGUCCACGAGCCGGAAUUUUUGAUCCCGAGAAGAGUGUUCGAAGAUGGCAGCUUCGACACAUACUCGUUGCCGUAUUUCUAUGAUCGGCAAGAGAUCAACGAACGUAAGAAAAGGUCGACCGAGACGGGCGAGCAGGAGCUUGAGGCCGAUAAAGUGCACCUGGUGCUGCCUUUCAACGGGAUCGAACACCAUGUGGAGCUCAACCCGUAUCACGAAUUCAUCUCGCCCGACAUGGUGAUCGAGACGCGGGGUACCGGCCUGAGAACUAACUUGAACGAAGCGUUACGAUUCAAGAGAGCCUCCGAUCGACAAUGCCAUUAUCGGGGCUUUGUUAGAGGCCAUCGCACAUCCAAGGCAGCUCUUUCUCUCUGCGAUGGUGUGGUUGGUUACGUGCAAACUAAUCAUGGCCGGUACUUCAUCGAGCCGGUGAACGAAGCAGAACCGCAGCCGGAUGGACAGCACGUUCACAUAGCUUACAAGCGGGAUGACUGGCACGAAAAGAAGGAGAGUCGGGACGAUUCUUCCAAGAAUUACUGCGGAACUUCCGAUGACUGGGAGGCGGCGUGGGCGGAACAGUUGGCCAAACGACAAAAGCGACUAAUGGAAGAGAAUCCCGAGGUUGGUAAGGGCACUUCCUUGACCCACAGUAUUCAUCGCUUCGUAGAGAUUGGAUUGGUCGCGGACAGAAGGUUUCUCGACUUUUACAACAACAGCAACUACGAACAGUACCUGUUGACUAUCAUGAACAUGGUGUCGGACUUUUAUCACGACAGAUCUGUCGGCAAUCAAAUAGACAUGGUCGUCGUCCGCAUUAUAUAUUUGGAGAAGGAAAAGGAAGAGAUAGAUCUGCUUAUUAGUCCCGCAGCCGAGGCAACGUUAGCGAGCUUUGCCAAAUGGGCCCAAAAGAUGAACCCUACGGAUCACACUCACCCCAACCAUUACGACAUAGCAGUUCUUGUAACUAGGUACGAUAUUUGCGCGGAAGGCGCACCGAAUUGCAAUCUGAUGGGCCUGGCGUAUGUCGGAACUGCCUGCGAUCCCGAAAAAGCAGCUUGCAUCACCGAAGAUAGUGGCCUAUUGCUUGGAAUCGUAAUUAGCCACGAAGUUGGUCACGUGAUGGGCUGUUCGCACGACGAUGUCGCUAUCAGUGGCUGUCCACCCAAGGAUAACGAUAACAGUUAUUUCCUCAUGUCACCCAUUGUCAACAUUUAUUCGUUGAGAUGGUCGACUUGCAGCAGGAAAUACAUCACUACCUUGCUCGAGAGCGGCUUGGGCGAGUGCUUGACCGACGAUCCAAGAAAUCCGCCGGAGAAAUUCAAGUAUCCGGACAUGUUACCCGGUGCGAUGUACGACGGCAAUUUUCAAUGCGACAUGAACUUUCCCGGGUCGAAGAUUUGCCCUGGCGAUACCGGGCGAGAUGCGAUGUGCGAGAUGCUAUGGUGCGAAGGGAAGAACGGAAGCUGUUUCUCCCGGGGAUCACCCAUGGCCGAAGGAUCAAAAUGCGGCGAGAAUUUGUGGUGCAUUCACAAGAAAUGCGUGGCUAUGGGCACCCGACCGACGGCGGUGCACGGUGGCUGGGGCAAAUGGGGUCCCAUGAGCGGUUGCAGCAGAAGCUGCGGCGGUGGCUUGAAAUUCGCCGAGAGAGAAUGUGACAAUCCGCCGCCCGCCAACAAAGGCAGAUACUGCAUCGGAGAGAGAAAGAAGUUAGCCAUUUGCAACACCAUGCCCUGCGACCAUAGGAAACCAUCGUAUCGCCAGUUGCAGUGCAGUUGGUACAACGAGCGAAAAAUCUUGACCGACGGCAAGCAUAACUGGACUGCGUACACUAUCCACGAUCCAACGCUCGAUCCGUGCAACUUGUACUGCAUCAAUGAAAAGAACGUAUUCACCAAGUUUCAAGUGGCAAAUGAUUCUACUCCCUGCAAGGGUGGUACUAACAAUAUGUGCGUCGGUGGUACAUGCAGGAAAGUCGGUUGCGAUUGGGUGUUGGAUUCGAAUGCCAUCGACGACAGGUGUGGAACGUGCAAAGGUGACGGUACGAAGUGCAAGGCGAUAGAAGGUUUCUUCAAUGAAACGGGAAUUCGCAACAGUAAAUUAUAUUCUUUUCUGUCAUCAAAGUUUUCGAUUCAAAAUUUUCCUAUGUCUGUUUCUUCCAUUAUUUGCAAGUAUUUGCAAGUUAAAGCUUUAACGAUACAGGUAAGUGUGGAAAUAAGAACGUUGGAAACUCUUUCUGUUGGUGAUUGGAAAAUUUUCGAAUUCCUAGUGCACGUGAAGAUAGUUACUAUUCCUCAGGGUGCUCGAAGCAUAUACGUAGCGGAAAUGCAGCCGAGUAAAAACGUACUAUCGGUGAGACUCGAGAAUAGCGAAACACACUGUUUGAACGAAGACAAAUUCUUCCUCGUGUUAACGAACAAACUAAGUUCAUCGUAUACCGAACGAUUUUCUAACGAUCGUAGGGUGAUAUAUAGAAGCGGUGAUUACGAUUGUGCAGGCUCGAUUCUCGUAUACCUGCAUCCUGAGCCAAACAGAGAGGAGAUUGAAAUAAAGGGCCCUAUAACGACACCUAUUCGAAUAGAAUACGUAUUCUUCCACCCGAGACAGAAUCCUGGGAUUCAUUAUAUAUAUUACGUGAUGUCAACUGACCCGUCGUACAAGCCGAAAUACCUGUGGGAUUUCAUGGAAUGGAGCGACUGCAGCGUUAAAUGCGGAGGCGGUACGAUGAUAUCGGAGGCAGCGUGUAUCGAAGAAAAAGGUGGAAAAGUGAGUCUUGAAUUUUGCGAUGGCAUGUCACGACCAGAUCCAAAAAGUAGGGUUUGCAACUCGGAAGCCUGUCCAGCAAAGUGGCGUGUGAGCCAAUGGAGCAAGUGUAACGCCUGCGACGGAAAGAAAGGAACGAGGCAUCGUAAAGUGCAAUGCGUGCGACCCGCUGCUCGUGCCGGCGAGGAUGACGUUCAGGCAAAUCUGGACGCGUGCAAAGGUCGCGUGCCGAAACAAGAGGAAGAAUGUGUAGGCGAAAGACCGUGCAAGAAGACCUGUCCCAAAAAGGUCCGAAACGCAAACAGGCAACUCGUUGCUUGGAAAGAGAAGAAGAAGAAGCCGCUACCUCACGAGAAACGGGCUAAAAUGGUCGACAAGUUGGUGGACUUGAGUUUGGCCGGAUAUCUGGAGAAAGCGUACGGUAUCUCUCGUGAAGCCGAUGAUAUGGGAAUGACGGUCGACACGGCGGACUUCCGGCAGCUUCUUCGGGAAUGGUCCCUCGCCGACGAGGAAAAGAAGAAACGCGGCGCCUGCGAUCGAAACGCGUCUACUCCAAAGCCCGGAUCGAUCAUCAAAGACUCGGUGCCAGUCGAGAACGUGGUGUUGUUGGAAGCGCCUAUGCUAGAGGAGGGCCUCCUGUCGAAUUUGUCGGAUAGAGCGUAUCAAGAAGUUGGCGACCUCGUCGGCGGUAGUAUCGAUACUUCCAGAGUGAAGAUUUAUAACGGUACGAAGGCUGUCGAGAAGAUCGAGAAGCUGGAGGGUCGUAACAUUAGCGCGGUGCCUAACAAGAAAGAAAAUUAUAGUUACGAUGCGUUGUCAAGAAUCGUAGAUUUGGCGAAACGGCGAAAAUGAGAAGCGUAACCAAUUCUCCAUUCGCGUACAAGACAAAGCACUUGACACUGGCAUCGUCGAUAUUUAUUAUCGAUAAUUACAAUUAUCUGACACUAUUUACUAAUCGAUAUUUCUUUGAUAUAACGUUGAAAAGUGUUAAUAUAUCGUCUGAUAAAAGUAUGUAUUAAGAAACAUUGAUAAA